AUGGGAAAUGUCAAUGAAUGGGCUGGAAAUUUGACACUCGGUUGGAUGGUUGAUCAGAGAGAUCUCCAAAUUCAAAUCCUAACCAGAAUGAGACAAUUUGGAAUGCAAGCUGUUCUUCCUGGUUUUGCUGGACAUGUUCCUGAAGCGCUGAAAUCACAUUAUCCAAAUGCAAAUAUCACUCAACUUUCAAGUUGGAAUAUGACAGUUUAUAUACACCAAUCACCAAAUACUUUCAUGUCCAUUCAACAAGAUCUAUAUGGAACCGAUCAUUUCUAUAAUUUCGAUCCAUUCAAUGAGUUGGAACCACCAUCAUCCGAUCCAGCUUAUCUAAAGAACUGUUCACAAUCAAUGUUUAAUAAUUUGAUUGCUGUUGAUCCACAAGGUAUUUGGGUGUUACAAGGUUGGCUGUUUGUAUAUGAUACAGAGUUUUGGCAACCUCCACAAAUUGAAGCAUUCCUAUCGGGUGUUCCCAUUGGUAAGAUGAUAGUUCUAGAUCUCUGGGCAGAUGUAGAUGCCGGAUGGAAAAUAACCAACUAUUUCUAUGGUCACAAUUGGAUUUGGUGUAUGCUUCACAACUUUGGUGGUCGUUCAGGUAUGUAUGGAAAGAUUCCAUUCAUCUCAACAAAUCCAAUCGAAGCAAGAUCAUUGUCUCCAAAUAUGGUUGGAACAGGUUUAACACCAGAAGCAAUCGAGCAGAAUGUCAUUGUCUAUGAUUUGAUGAGUGAAAUGGCAUGGAGAUCGACACCACCAGAUCUCAAAGAAUGGGUGGAUCAAUAUGUCACCAGAAGAUAUGGCAAGUAUAUCGAAGUACUUGCUGACACCUGGUAUGAAUUGGUUGGAACCGUUUUCAACUGUUCGAUUGUAACCAAAGGACCUGUAACUAUACUAGUUAGCGUCAGACCACAAUUAAACUUCACAACAUCGCUCUACUAUGAUCCAAUAGUUAUUUCCAAGGCAUGGUCCGCUUUCCUUUCAAUAGACGAUCUACAUGUUGUAAAUACUUCAACAUUCUCAUUCGAUCUCACAGAGAUUACAACUCAAGCACUCAGUAACUUGUUUAUGACCACUGAGCUACAAAUGAAUGCUGCAUUCCUAAAUGAUAGCUAUGAAGAGUUUAGUUUGUUAUCGGAUGCAUUGUUGAGUAUCAUCCAAGAUAUAAAUACCAUUGUUUCGACACAGGAGAUGCUACUCGUUGGCAAUUGGACGGCGAGAGCAAGAGCACUGACACCAGCCAACGAAACCACCGAACUCUACGAAAUGAAUGCACGUAAUCAAAUCACGCUCUGGGGUCCACCCGAUUCAUUCGAUCACGACUAUGCCUACAAACUAUGGGGUGGUCUCACCGAAGACUUUUACUUGGCAAGAUGGACUCUCUUUAGCCAAUCUAUUUUCAAAACAACUAACCAAUAA